AAGCAAACAGUAUUAACCACGCAAAAUAAAAUGUCAAAGUGCAAAAAACUCUCAACUCUAAUUAGUUUUCUUGUUUUUAUCGAGUGUUCAAAAGCAGCGAACAUAUUGGGAUUUCUAAUACUUCCUUUCGUAAGUCAUCAUAUUUGCCUGUAUCCGAUUUUCAAAGAGCUGGCAUCAAAAGGACACAACGUCACCCUUAUUACUCCAUUAAUAAGCAACGAAACAUCCGCCAGCAACAUAAGAGAAGUCGACAUCGAAUUUAUUGGGGAUGUUUUUAAUCAGCUUCAGAAAGACGUGAUGAAAAAGACGUCGAUGGUUUACGGACUUUUUUAUUAUUAUGAUAUACUUAUCAACACUACAAGAGCUGUUCUGGAGAAAGACCAUGUUAGAAAAGUUUUCACAGAUACAGACUAUGAUUUGGUAGUUGUAGAAAAUAUAUCUCCUCUAGCGUUUGCUCCCGUUCUUCUUAAUAAAGCCCCAGUUAUAGGUAUAACAUCCUUUGAGGGCUUCCUAAACGCCCAGGAUGCAGUGGGUAACCCAGUUCACCCCAUAAUAAAUCCCCACUUUUUCUUGCACCAAGACAUAGAUUUAAACGAAGACCUUCCUUUUUUUUCAAGACUGAUCAGCACCAUAUUAAAUUUUACUUUGAGAGUGAUAUAUAAAUACUAUGCCAUACCAAGUUCUGAUACAAUUGCCAAGGACAUGUUUGGUGAUAAUUUGGAAUCUCUUGGAGAUAUUGAAAGGAAUUUAAGUUUAACUAUUUAUAGCAGUAAUCCUAUUGUUAACACUAUUAAAGCGAAUGUUCCUUCAGCGAUUGAAAUCAGUUUGACGCAUAUAAAGAGUCCAGAUAAACUACCAAAAGAUAUAAACACAUUUAUAGAUAACUCAAAACGUGGUGUUAUCUACUUUAGUUUAGGUACAAAUGAAUUCUGUACAGAACGAGUUAAAAAUAAGAUCCACAUCAUUAAAGAAGUUAUAAACAACUUACCAUAUGAUGUAAUCUGGAAGUGGGAUGAUGAUACACUUUACAAUAGUGAAAAUUUUCUGAUUAAAAAAUGGCUACCUCAACAAGACAUUCUUUCCCAUCCAAAAGUUAAAUUAUUUGUUACCCAAGGUGGUCUUCAGUCAGCUGAAGAAGGCAUUUACUAUGGUGUGCCCAUAGUGGGAAUACCCAUAAUGUAUGACCAAGAAACUAACGUUCGUAGAAUGGUACAAAUGGGCAUCGGAGAAAGGUUAAACCUGGAACAUUUGGGUGUAAAGAAUCUUACUGAUCUUAUCGUGAAAGUUGCAAACACCUCCCACUACCGAGAAAAAGUAAAUGAACUCAGUAAACUAAUUAAGGAUCAGCCGAUGACUGGAGUUGACAAAGCAGUGUGGUGGAUGGAAUACGUAAUAAGACACAAGGGAGCUUUGCAUCUCAGGGGCAAGACAAGGAAACUGCCAAUGUAUCAAUAUUAUCUACUCGAUGUUUUGUUUUUCAUCGCAGUUUUCUUGCUUGUUAUUUUGUUUGGAUUGUUUAAAUUUGUUCAGGUCUUGUUACGUUUAUUUAGACGUCUGAACAAUAUAAAACUUAAAAUUAAACAAAAUUAAGUUUGUAUUGUAUUUUAAUAAAACAUGUUACUAAUACUUUUUGAUUGCACAAUAUAAGCCAAAUUUUAAAAACU